AUGUCGUUAAUAAAAGCACUCACAUUACUUCAACCAAAACAGAUUCUGUGGAAUGGUGGAAGCACAAGAGACAUGGCCACAUUAAAAGACAUUAGUCGCCGUCUGAAAUCGGUUAAAAGUAUUCAAAAAAUAACAAAAUCAAUGAAGAUGGUCUCAGCAGCGAAAUAUGCAAAAGCUGAAAGAGAACUACGAGCAGCUAGAUCAUAUGGUUUAGGAGCGAAAGCAUUUUAUGAUAAUAUGGAACUAGAUAAAACAGCAGAUACAACUGCCAACAAACAUAUUUUGAUUGCUGCAACAUCUGAUCGUGGUCUAUGCGGUGCAGCUAAUUCAUCAAUUGUUAAAAAUAUUCGAGUACAAUUAAAUGACACAAAAACAAAUGCAGAAGCAACAAAAAUUAUUGCUAUUGGUGAUAAAUCGAGAGCCAUGCUGUCAAGAACUCAUGCGAGUAGUUUACUAUUAUCUGUCAAUGAAAUUGGAAAACGUUCAGUGGUAUUUGGCGAUUCAGCGGCAAUUGCACAACAAAUUUUAAGUACAGGGUUCGAAUUUGAUACAGCAGAAAUUGUUUAUAAUAAAUUUAAAUCAGCCAUUGCUUAUACAACAUCUCGUCAACUGGUUUUAUCUGGUGAUGCAAUAAGUAAAUCGAAGAACAUUGGCGUUUAUGAUUCCUUAGACGCCGAUGUAUUACGAUCAUUUCUAGAGUAUAAUUUAGCUAGUGUACUCUAUUACACGAUGAAAGAAAAUGCAGCCAGUGAACAAAGUUCAAGAAUGACAGCUAUGGAUAAUGCAACAAAAAAUGCUGGUGAACUAAUUAACAAACUAACAACAUAUUACAAUCGUACUCGUCAAUCUGUAAUUACAACUGAAUUAAUUGAGAUUAUAUCGGGUGCCGCUGCUUUGGAACAAAAAGCUUAG